GGUUACAUUGCGAAGAACAAAAUUAUAGUAGCACACAAUGACGGGGGCAGUGGGAGGUAAUGUAGCCAACAAAUUUCGUCAAACUUUUCGUGUCGUCCAAAAAGAUGCAUUGCAUUGGUUCCCUGGACAUAUGAGUAGGGGUUUAAAACAGAUGCAGCAACGUUUAAAGACAGUCGAUUGUAUUAUUGAAGUGCACGAUGCUAGGGUUCCAAUUUCUGGUCGUUGUCAUGAAUUUAAUCAUACCAUCACUGGUUUGAAACCUCAUAUAUUUGUCUUAAACAAAAAAGAUUUGGCUGAUCAGAAUUACAAUGACAAGAUCAUAGAAAAAUUGAACUUUGAAGGAAUAUCAAAUGUACUUUUCACAAACUUCACUAAAGACACGGAUCCAGGCAUGAAAAAAAUUCUCCCCUUAGCCAAAAAGUUAAUAGAGGAGUCAAAUCGUUAUAACAGAACGUUUGAACCGGAAUUUAGCAUAAUGAUUAUUGGGGUACCAAACGUUGGCAAGUCUUCACUGAUCAAUCGCUUAAGAAAUGUUCAUCUAGGUAAAUCAAAUGCUACACAUGUUGGUGCAGUGGCUGGCAUUACACGUUCUGUUUUAACAAGAAUAAAGAUAUCUGAGAAACCUUCUGUAUAUGUAUUGGAUACCCCUGGUAUCCUGACACCACGUGUCAGCAAUGUAUAUGAUGGACUUAAACUAGCACUCGUGGGAUGUCUUCAAGACCAUUUAGUAGGUGAAGAGACUAUUGCAGAUUAUUUACUAUUCUGGUUAAACAAACAUGAAAGGUUUGAGUACGUCAAGGUUUUAGGAUUGCCAGAACCAAAAGAUAACAUAUUAGAAGUUCUUUCUAUGAUUGCCGCAAAGCUUGGUAGAGCUAAGAAGAUUAAAAAUUUCGACGGUAAAUACGUUAUGAAGCUUGAUCUGGUAUCUGCCGCUGAAUACUUUAUUAGAUUAUUCAGAACUGGACAGUUUGGCCAUUUCUGCUUAGACAUUGAUCAAUUGAAAUCAAAUGAUGAAGAGAUGGAAUUAAUGUAAUUUCAUGGUGCGAAUAAAAGUGUAAAUUUCAAUUAUCGCCAUUAAAAAUACAAGGAAUUAAUUAUAUUCAAGUUACAAAAUACUGUCAUAAAAAGCUGUUUGUGUAUUUUGUCUAUAGGUAAAUAAAUAAGUAUUUAAUAAUAAA